GUUUUAUAAAGGUCUAGGGCGGGGCUUGCGUACAGCUGUCAACAUCCUGAUGUAAUUUUCUCCAAAAUGGCGGAUCGCAAGGAAGAAAAGGAUGAUCCAGAACCAGAGAGCGAGGAUGAGGCCUAUGAAGUUGUAGACCUGACAGAGUAUGCUCGGAGGCACCAGUGGUGGAGCAUGGUGUUUGGGAAUAACUCUGGGCCCCUUGCAGAGAAGUAUUCCGUAACCACACAGAUCAUGAUGGGAGGGGUCACUGGCUGGUGUGCUGGGUACUUGUUCCAGAGAGUAGGAAAAAUUGCUGCUACUGCUGUAGGUGGAGGAUUUCUGUUGUUACAGAUAGCGAAUCACAGUGGGUAUGUGCAGGUGGACUGGAAGAAAGUGGAGAAGGACGUGAACAAAGCGAAGAAGCACCUGAAGAAGAAAACUAAACAAGCAGCACCUGAAAUUAACUCCUUCAUCGAGGAGGUAAAGGCCACAGAGUUUGUGAAGAGAAACAUUGUCCUGUCCAGUGGUUUUGUGGGUGGUUUCCUCCUUGGCUUGGCCUCCUAACUUACGACAGAGGAAGUUGUCACAUAAGAAGAAGGAAGCUGUCAUUACUGUGAACUAUGUCACCCGGGACGUAGUCAUCAACUGUGAAUCAUUGUCUUCCUUCCAGCAUGGAAGGAGUCAUAAAACGGGUUUGGGAGAAAAUUGAACAUGUGAAGCUGCCUCUUUGUCCCCUUGCCCUAGGUGCUCUUUUCCCUUGCCGAGCUGACUCCAGCUGGUCCAUUCUCUUUGGCUGCAUUUACACAGGCUGCCCAAUUCGGAUGUUUUAUCUGCAAAUUUACUGAUCAGAUGAGCACUAAAACAGAUGUGAUUAGUCAAAAGACCAGUUGGUGGACAAAAUAUCUGAAUUUUGUUGCAUUUGUAAACACAGCCUUUUUAAUCAAAUCAUCUGGUGGAUUCUGAUCCAGGAUCAGUUGUUUGGGCUUGUUGUAUAUGGACAUCCUGUACCUUUAACCAGCCCUCUUGAGUUGCUGUUACUACACAACACUGGAAAACAUUAAGGCACAAUGUAAUAGAAAACUAACACAACAGGUUUUCAUUGGUCAAGUUCAGAUGAUACCUCCAGAUUUCAGAGUGUUUCGGGCCUGCUGAACAGACCCAGUGUUACACCAUGUACAACGAAUAUCAUUGAACCAAUGUAAGUGCACAAUAGGACACAUCAUCUUACAUCGUAAUAUACUACAGAUUUUACUGUAUUACAUGCUGGACAGAGGAUGGCUCAGCCCCGGUCAGUCCAUUGCCCUCUCUGAAGAUCGGGUCUAUAUGAUCGUGAUGGUUUCCCAAAUGACCCCUUGGCGACCAACGGCCCUCGGGGCUCAGGUCAAAACUAGUGCAAUAUAUAGGGAAUAGGGUGCAAUUUGGGACACAAGCCCAUUGUUUUACUCCCUAAGGCUUAAUAUUUAUCAAAGUUAGCUAUUCAACCAACCUGGCUCUGGACCUGUUGUUCCAUGUACAAUAAACCAACACCUGAUCACUACUCUUGCCAAUGUACAGUAGGUCCAGUGUAACAGUAGGAAGUGUGUUGCUCAUGUAUUCAUUAUUACUUUCAGUUUAUUAGGUGGAAAGAAAUGCACAGUAUGUAUUCAGUACUCUCUUGCUUUUGAGUUUCUCUAUGUUUUGCCUUAAUUUAUUUGCAGUAUUUGAAGAUGCCGUCUGGAACUUUUGCAAAUAGCAAACUAUUUUUUUUUAACUUUUGAUUUUGGGCAAGAUGUGGUUUAUGUGUGUAUAAUAUAUAAAAUCACUCUCAUACCUUAGUUAGCCAUACAAUUCCAAGUUUGAAAGCAAGUGGUUUUGAUGACAAUUGACACGUACAUGACAGUAUAUCAUUUGAGGUGGCCUAUUUUGGCUUGACAGGGCCACUUUUACAACCAGUGGCCAACAUUUCUGGAAUGCAUCUUUAGUGUAGUCUGAUGUUUCAUUUUGCUUUGCCACUUUCACAGGAGCACAUCAACCUCGUACUGAUAACAGUAGGGAUUUGUCUUAUGUUUCUGUUUUGUCAAAUAAAAUUGCCUGAGACUUGUUGGUUAACAACAUAACUGUGUGUGUAUUCAUUGAAAUGCCUGUGAGAACUUGAAUGAUUUGUUUGUACAAGCAGGACUUGGUGUGUAAUCAUUUGUGGUUGGACUAACUGUCCGUCAUAACGCUUAACCUAACAAUCUUAUGAUAAUAAAAAACAUUUAAAGUC